AUGCCCCCAGUCAGCGACCGAGUGCUGAACUGGCUCUACAGCGUCCUAACAAACGAAUACCUCGAUGUGAAGCGCACCUACACCGACGUCGCCGACGCGCUUGGCCAGUACCCGUCGCUGGCGCCCAAGACAGAGGUUUACACCUACGAGAACGGCGCACCGGCCCUGCUCCUGCUCGUCAGCGGCACCGUGCCCGUCCAGUUUCGCGGCGCGGUCUACAGAUUCCCGGUAGCGAUAUGGGUGCCGCAGGCGUAUCCCAGGGAGCCGCCGAUGGUCUAUGUCGAGCCGAGUCGCGACAUGCUGGUUCGGCCGGGGCAGCACGUCAGUGCGGAUGGCAGAGUGUACCACCCGUACUUGAGCGGGUGGGGGCAGUUUUGGGAUAAAUCCUCCCUCGUCGACUUUCUUACCGUCCUGCGCGGCGUCUUUGCGAAGGAGCCCCCGGUCGUCGCCAAACAGCCAGAGCCCGCACCACCAGCGGUGCCCCCGCCGCCAGACGAGUGGAGGCGCUCCAUGCAGCCGCAGCCUACCAUGUCUCCAGCACCCAUGAAUCAGGCCACGCCCCCUCCGCCUCCACCAAAACCCCCUAAGCAGGUUGAAGGUGUGAACGGCAGCCCAUCUCCAUAUCCUAAUGGUCAUGUACAACAACAACAGCACCAGGCAGGUCCCCCACUCCCACCAUUGCCUCCCGGUAUGGGAGGACUGCCGAGUUAUGGACAGCAGCAACACAUGCCUCAACGGCAAGCGAGCCUGACAGAAAGGCCUCUACCCCCGACGCCGCAGUCGCAGAUGCAGACUCCACAUCCAUUCCAGGCAGCACAAUUCGAAAACGGCACCCCAGCAAGCCCCAACUUCCCCCACGGCCAAUACGCGGAACCGCCGCUCGCAAGAUACCAGCAACCGCCUCCGCUGCCACCGCAACAAGCGCCAUACUCUGGAUCCCCGGCUCCAAUGCCACCGCAAUACGCCGGUCCCCCUCUACCGCCCAAUGCCCAGUACCCAGGGAACGCCUACCCGCCCCAAGCCGCGUACAUGCCGCCCGCUGCGCAAACAGCGGCACAGCCCGCACCCCCAACCAUGGACCUCCUCACCUCGCCCCUCGACGUAACGCUGCCGUCGCAAAACGCAGACGCAACGCCCCUCCCUGUACCCCCGGUGCCGCCGAACCCGCAAAAAGACGCGCUCCUCCGCGCGCUGUCGACGGCGCUGCGCGCGCAAACAAUCCAAGCAACGCAGGACAACGCGGCGGCGAUCGCGCCGCUGCAGGCGCAGCAGGCUGCGCUGCGGGCCGCGCACGCGAAGCUCCAGGGGGAGCUGGACGCGCUGACGGCGCUGCAGGCGACGCUGGACACGAACGAGCGCGUGCUCCGCGGGGCGAUGGGGCAGGCGGACCGCGUCAUGGAGGAGGCGCGGGGGCGGACGGUCCCGGACGUCGACGACGUGCUUGUUGCGCCUACCGUCGUGGGCGAGCAGCUGUGGCGCGUCGUUGCUGAGGAGAGGGCGCUGGGCGAGGCGAUUUUUGUGCUUGGACGGGGGCUGGAUAGCGGGAGGGUUGGCGCUGAGGGGUUUGUUAGGCAAACAAGAAGUCUAGCCCGCGAGCAGUUCCUCAAGAAGGCGCUGAUCAAGAAGAUAGCGAAGGGCAUGGGGCUGGACGAGGACCCGCAUGGCGUGGGCGCGAGGGGGUUCUAUUCGUAG